CCGGCGCGGCGCCGCGUCACUGCCGCCAUGGCGGCGCGGGGCCCCGGCCGCGUCUCCGUGCUGCUGCCCACCUACAACGAGCGCGACAACCUGCCCCUCGUCGUGUGGCUGCUGGCGCGCACCUUCAGCGACAGUGGGAUCGACUUUGAAAUUAUCAUCGUAGAUGAUGGAAGCCCGGAUGGGACACAGGAAGUUGCUCAGCAACUGGAAAAAAUAUAUGGAUCAGAUAAAAUACUUCUGAGACCCAGAGCAAGGAAGUUGGGCCUGGGCACUGCUUACAUUCAUGGAAUGAAGUAUGCCACUGGGAAUUUCAUCGUCAUUAUGGAUGCUGACCUCUCCCACCACCCAAAAUUUAUUCCUGAGUUUAUCAGAAAGCAGCAAGAAGGCAAUUUUGAUAUUGUAUCUGGAACAAGAUAUAAAGGAAAUGGAGGAGUGUAUGGCUGGGAUUUGAAAAGAAAGUUAAUCAGUCGUGGAGCCAAUUUUCUGACUCAGGUCUUGCUGAGACCAGGGGCAUCGGAUCUAACAGGGAGUUUCAGGUUGUACAGAAAAGAAGUCUUACAGAAGCUGAUGGAGAAGUGUGUUUCUAAAGGAUACGUCUUCCAGAUGGAGAUGAUUGUCCGGGCUAGGCAGCUGGGAUUCACCGUUGGAGAGGUUCCCAUCUCGUUUGUGGACCGUGUCUAUGGAGAAUCCAAACUGGGAGGCAAUGAAAUUGUCUCCUUCCUAAAGGGGCUCUUGACCUUGUUUGCUACAACCUGAGAGUUCAUCCUAAAGUAAUUGCUAGACAAACAUUUUCUGAUGUCUGUGUAGAUUUAAACAUAAUGGCAAAAGCUUGAUAAUUUGUGUGGUGGCCAGAAGACCUGCUAUGACCUAACAAUUAAACAGCCACCAACAAUAAAUCAAACAUUCUGCAGCCCAGAAUGCUCCUUCCGACAGAAAUGGACUGUAUGUUAAACUAAAAAUUAAUAAAAGCUAAUGCUUUUCUAUUUUUGUAAGAAUAAUUGUCUUAAUAAAGAACACAAAGCUAAAUGA